CACUUUGACUGCCAUGGGAAAAUGUUAGAGAGAGAAAGCGGGUAGAGAGCGAGGGCUGAGCGGAGAGGAGACACUGUUUCCGUCUGCAAAUUUGGUAACGGAACCGACGAUUGGUGACGCGAUGUUUCGGCAAUACUGAUUCGUGGAGUGGUUUUGGACAGCGUGUGUGUUUUUUACAUGCAUUUGAUGCGUGAGGAGCCUUCGCAGCCGGGUAUCGGGGGCGGUUUCCUGUGGAGUUGUAGCGAAAUCGCGGUGGAAGUGCGAGGGGAUUGGAUUGGAUUGGUUUACGUGUGGGUGUUGUUGGCGGUGUGAGGGGAUGGAGAGUUUGUGUUGUGGUUCUUUUGUGUUGUUGAGAUCUUUUUGUUGAAGGAAUAGCUUAGAAGUGCAGAAGAUCUUGUGGUGUUUGUUGAACAGAAUUCAACUGCGUGUGUAUGUUUGCGUCUAUAUAUGUUUGCGGAGAUGAAGGAAAUGGCGGAGAACUGUUUGGAUUCGGAGCUAUGGCACGCGUGCGCCGGAGGAAUGGUGCAGAUGCCGGCGGUGAAUUCCAGAGUAUACUAUUUUCCGCAAGGUCACGCGGAGCACACUCUGAGUAAUGUCGAUUUUGGAGGUUUGCCGAGGAUUCCACCGAUGAUACUUUGCAGGGUUGCCUCCUUGAAAUAUCUGGCGGACCUCGAGACGGACGAGGUCUACUCGAAAAUCGGGCUGAUUCCGGUGGGGAAGAACGACUGUGGCUACGACGAAGACGGCGGAGCUUUGGGGGCGAAGAGAUCUGAAUCAACGAACGAAAAGCCUACUUCCUUCGCGAAGACGCUGACACAAUCCGACGCCAACAAUGGCGGUGGCUUCUCUGUCCCGCGGUACUGCGCGGAGACAAUUUUCCCUCGUCUGGACUACACCGCCGAUCCGCCGGUGCAGAACGUAAUCGUGAAAGACGUCCAUGGCGAGACCUGGAAGUUUAGGCACAUCUACAGGGGGACGCCGAGGAGGCAUUUGCUUACUACUGGUUGGAGUUCUUUCGUGAAUCAGAAAAAGCUCGUAGCAGGGGAUUCAAUCGUGUUUCUCAGGGCGGAGAACGGAGAUCUCUGCGUCGGAAUCCGGCGGGCUAAGAGAGGCGUUGGAGCAAACGGAAAUGAGUCCACAUCUGUGUGGAACUCCGGCAGCGCCGGAGCCGGAGCUUAUAACUAUGGCGGUUUCUCUGGUUUUCUGGAGGAGGAUAAGAAGCUGCUGAUCCAUGGGAACAGAAAUCCAUGGGAGAAAGGGAAGGGAAAGGUCAUGCCAGAGUCGGUUCUUGAAGCUGCAGUAAUGGCCGCCAAGGGGCAGCCAUUUGAGGUCGUUUACUAUCCCCGCGCUAGCACACCGGAGUACUUUGUGAAGGCGUCUUCUGUGAAUGCAGCCAUGAAAAUCCGGUGGGAUUCUGGGAUGAGAUUCAAGAUGGCUUUUGAGACCGAGGAUUCAUCGCGGAUUAGCUGGUUCAUGGGAACCGUGACUUCUGUUCAGGUCUCCGAUCCCAUUCGCUGGCCGAAUUCGCUCUGGCGGAUUCUACAGGUCGCGUGGGACGAGCCGGAUCUUCUACAAAAUGUCAAAUGCGUGAGCCCGUGGCUAGUUGAAAUGGUAGCUAGUGUGCCGGUCCUCCAUCUCUCGCCCUUCUCGUCUCCGAGGAAGAAGCUGCGCCUGUCACAGCAUCCAGAUUUCUCACUGGAUGGCGGCGGGGGCAGUGCUGGUGCUGGUGGCCGGUUUCCGAUGCCGCCAUUCUCAGGCAAUCCCCUUGGGCUGAGCAAUCCCUUGUGUUGUCUUCCCGACAGCAUUUCUGUAGGCAUACAGGGAGUCAGGCAUGCUCGAAUUGGAGUCCCGUCGUUGGACCUCCAACUCAGCAACAAACUACAGGCUGGACUGUUCCCGUUCCAGCCGAGCGUCACCCGCCUCGACCCUCACGGUCGAAUUCUUGACAGCAACAUGGCGAGGAGCUACACUGAUCGAAAUGAGAACAUUUCCUGCCUGUUAACCAUUGGUAGCUCGAGUAAAAAAUCCGAGAAAACUGACGGUGUUAAGACGCCUCUAUUCAUCCUCUUUGGCCAGCCGAUCCUAACAGAGCAACAAAUGAUCUGCGAUCAUUCCUCGUUUGAUCGAACCGAGAUUUCUCCUCCCGCCACCCGGGAUCUUACGAAUGCUCUAUCCACUGACCAAUUUUUGUGGAAACAGGGCCAUCAUCAAGGAGGUGAACUAGGCCCCGACACGGGCCAUUGCAAAGUGUUCUUGGAGUCGGAAGAUGUCGGGCGAACCCUUGAUUUGUCCCUUCUCGCAUCGUACGAUGAUCUGUACAAAAAGCUGGAACACAUGUUCGGGAUAGAACGAUCCGAGAUGCUGAGCCGGCUGUUCUACCAUGACGCUACCGGCGCUGUUAAACAAUCCGGCGAAGAGCCUUUCAGCAAGUUUGUGAGAUCCGCAAAAAGAUUGACCAUUCUAACUCGAGGAAGCAGCAGCAAUGCAGAUCGGAAAUUGAUCACCGGGUUGCCAACCGCGGAACGGGGUCUCGAUUCCUCGAACCAAGCUGGACCUAUGAGCAUAUUUGCUUAGGACGCGAGUAAGCUUGCUCGCUCCCGUUAUUUAGCUCGAUGAAUUUGUUCUUCAUGUUGUUGCUCGAUCGUUAUUUAUGUCAUGUCUGUUCUGUUAUGUUACGUCGAGGUAGUACUCGAUUCUGCGCUUAUUUAGCUAUCUUCGUGCUGAUCCGGUGAUAUAUAUAUAUAUAUUUAUAUUUAUGUUGCUGUAUGAACUCGAGCUUUUCGUCUUAGUUUUCGACAUUGUUCUCUUGUCUUUUGGUUAA